GAUCAGUGGACAAACCCGCUGUAACAGAACGCGGUGAGUGUAGUUCCUUGUUUCACAGAGAAAGAAAAAAAACAACUACUAUUUGGAGUUUCUGCCAAUUUUAACAUGUAUUUCAGCAGAACACGAUUCAGAAGUGAAACUAAUAUCAGAACGAAACACAGAUUGUUUUGUACCUACCGGAUAAGAAGCCUGGACUGACAGUUUCUCUUUUAACAACAACUAAACAACAAGUAUUGCUCAGUAGUGCCGCAUCUCGUUCACCUUAUUUUUUCGACAUGUCGCAUUACAGGAGCUGCAGUCGUGAGUAGUUUCUUCUUCUACGAUUAAAAACAGCUCAAGUUACUGUCCUAUUACCACCAUCUGCUGGAGGUACAUAUGCAAAUAAUGAAUAAUAAUAAUAAUAAUGAUAAUAAAACUUUAUUUAUAUAGCACUUAGAAAAACUCGGGUUUACCCAGAAGGUAAUGCAACAACUAUUACUAUAAAACAAGAAAGAUACACAGAAACUAAAAUGCUCAAAUCCUGAAAGCUUUCAAGAAGAGAAAUAGGAUUGCAUAAAUUAAAUAUAUUACUUAACACCCUACACCAUGAUUGUUAGGUAAGUUUACCUGAAUGACUUGAAAAUUAAAGUUAACAGCCUACAAUAACAUAGAAAAAUACAAAUGUACUAAAUUAAAUACUAAGGUUGAGACUCUACAAUAUUAAUGAUUAUGCUAAAUCUACCUGGCUAAUUUAUACAUUAGGGUUAGGACCCAAUGGUGUUUUAUAAAUUACACAUUUACCUGACUAAUUUAAAUGUUGAGGAUGACACCCUCCAAUAUUAUUGAUUAUGCAAAAUUUACCUGACUUACUUACCUUACCGUACAAUAGAUAGAUAGAUGGAUAGAUAGAUAGAUACAUUAAACCUUUAUUGAUCCCACAACGAAGAAAAUGUCCGUCUUACAACAGCAUAUAGAAAUAAAUCAGUACAAAGAAAAGAGCAGCACAAAGUGCCAGACAUAAAUAGGUACUUUUGCCUUAUAGAAAAAUGCAAAUAUUUACAGAAAAAUUCAGUGAAAUUUUGCAUAGGAUCCUUACUUACAUUUUUAUUGUACAGCUAAUUUGUAAUUGAGUUGAACUAAUACAGAUUUAUCUGACUAGAUUGCAUGCUAUAAUAAUAAUAAUAAUAAUAAUAAUAAGCCUGUCUAGCUUAAAUGUUAAGGUUAAGAACCUACAAUUUUACUCUAAUGAGCUACAUUAAGGUUAAGACUCUACAAAUGUAUGCAUGGAAAACCCAACAAAUCCAAAGAUUCCUUGAGAGAAAGAAUAGAGGAGAAGCUUCUCUUUAACAUAAAGAAACCUCCAGCAGAACCAGGCUCAGGGAGGAUGACCAUCUGCCUCCACCAGCUGGGGUGAGGGUAAAGAGGAUAGAGAACAGGAGAGCAGAGAUAAACAGACAAACAAACAGGAUAUCAUAAACACUACAGAUGGGUGGAACCAGCAGCUGCAGAUCAAUGCCAUGCAACGAGACAACCAGAAAUGCAUGCAGAGAAGCACAGUGAGGUAAAAACACAAACUGUAGAAGAGAGGAGACACCGUGAAUAACAUGUAAUAGUGCAUGCAAAUGCAAGGUAACGCAUAGGUAAAGGUAAAGCAUAUUGGCUAGACUUUAGAUAGAAACAGAAAGCUAAAUAAUAAAACUAAUGCAUGCAUCUACAUGUAGCGAAAGUGUCUCCUUCAGUGUAAACUCGUAACCAUUGUGUGAUGUUUCCAUGCAAUGCAAUUAAGAAUUAAUUUUACAAACGAGAGAGAAAUAGUCUCAAAAGAUGUGGUUGAACAAGGCUAGAUCAAACUAAUGCAGCUUUUUUUGGAUAGCACAUGUCAUGUCUAAGAGCUAUUCAAAGUGUUGUACAUUACAACAUACGAAUAUGGCAAAAAGCAGCAUGGAGUACCAAAACAUAAAUGACAGGAGUAUAAAAACUUUGAAUAAAAUUAUAAAAGUGAAGACACUAAUCUAAAAUAGUUACAGAUGUGAGUGCAAAGUGAAAAAUAAUGAGCACCAACUGUCAUGUUAGUUUUUACAGCAGUCACUAUGGAUGGGAUGAUGGGAGAAUAAGCUGAUGCAGGUUCUUUCUCUGGUAAACUAAAACAGGUUCUUUGAUCAUAGGCGGUACCCUUUACAUUGUGGUGUUGGUUUCCUUGGAUAUUUCUCGGUUUCAGAUUUUCUGCUUUGUUGUCACAGUGUGUAAGCACAUGUUAACCUCAGUGUUUUCAUUUUACGUAAAUGCUGGUAAAUGCAUCAUCAAAAAAGAUAAAGCAGAAUGCAUCCUGUGUGCAGAGGUGUGAUGAAUUUGCGCUCCGACAUGAAAUGAAGCACAAAAAAAGUUGUACGAACUGGGACGUGGGUCAUAAUUAAACACUUUCAGCCAAUACAAGAAGAGAGAAAAAGAAGAUAAAGAUUUUAUGUUAAAAAUUGCUUUAAAAAUGUAUUGCGUUUAUGUGAAGAUAAAUCACACCCUAAAUGAACAAAAACACUGCACCACAGUCUCCUAAAAUAGGUUAAAUGUAUUCAUUCAUCCAGAGAAGUCACAUAAACGUCACACAGCCAACAGCUGAGCUUGAUUCAAGGUUUGAAAAAAUAAAAUGUUACUGCAACGCGCUGUGAUGACUAAACAAAACUUUCAUGCCUGUAGCUUUAUGUUACAAUUAAACUAGAUAAACUAAACAAAUACACUCUUACAUUUUUCCGCCAGUGAUUGAUUUCUUUUGCAUGAAAUUAAUCCCCUCAUGUCAGAAAAUGACUUAGAUGUCACUCUACCAUAGCUUCCCUCUUUAUCCAAAAAAACAAAAAUAUGCUUUGCUGUGAAACUUUAAAGGUCAGAGAAACCAGUUUAUGUCUUGUUAUGUUACCAGUUAUGUCAGAAAGAGACAGACAAUGGAUCUUUUUACACAUACUUACCAAGAGGUUUAUCAUCCAUCAUUCAUUUCAGCAUGACAGCUCAUACUGAGUCACCACACCAGUAAUUCUAAAUCACUGUUACUUUAACUCUUUUUCAUUUUACUAAACUGGUGCAAAUUGCAUUAGUGUUUUAAAAGUCCUGCACUUGAGUAUCAAUAAAUGUAAAAUUUUGUGAUGCUUUACUCAAAAUGUCAUCAUAAUUUUACUAAAAUGACAGCCAGCUAAACCUCUGAGCAGAGGUGUGUUGUGUUUUCAACAUCCGUUUUCAAGAAGCAUGCCGGUAGCAUUUGUGUGGUUGUAUCUUGCAGACUAAUCAAGACAUGUGGUUGUUUCCAAAGGUUCAGCUUCAAAGUUCUGACUGGCAAAACAACAUAAAGAUACAUAAUUUCCGACAGAUAAACCACACCUAUUUUUCUGGAAAGAAAAAUGCAGUUAAAGGUUAAUAAACAUGCCAAAAAUACCUAUGAAGCUGUAUUUAAUUAUAGAACACAGCAUUCCGUUUUGUACAAAACGUUAUAAUGGAGCAGCCUGCUGCACAAAUGAAGUGUUGAUGUUGCCAAAACAAAUAAAGUACAUAAUUAUUUCACUUCAGUCAAAUUCACUCACUUAUUCAUUGCUUUGUCAAGUACAAUCAUUAAAUUACAGAUUUAAAUCUUGAGUUAGAAUUGUGAUGAGCAACUGAGUUAAGGCAUAAUUCCUUAAUAGAGGAAAUCAGUGUUAUUGUCAGGCAUCAUGCUUACAAAGAAGAAGCUGUAUCUUAGAAAAGCCACAUCAGUUUGUAUUGGACAAGUUUUUUUGUGUUGGGUAUGAUUUUGGUGUUGUGGAUGUUUGUUUUGUAAAAUCUGUAUUUUAAGUUUAUUUUGUUGUACAUAUUAAUACAUAUUAAUACAACCUCACAAUUUAUCUUAAAACAUUCUGGUCAUGCAAAUAGGAGCAAUAUAAAUGUGUGUUUGAAACAAAAUAAACAAAACAUUCAAGUUUAAGAGCUUCCAACUACAAACCAACAUCAUAAACGAGUCUACAGACAAGCUGAUAUUUGAUUUUCUAUUGAUUAAAAAAAAAUCCUGGAAACUUAGAACUAGUAGACAGGAUGAUAAAUUAACUUUGCUGUUUGUUUUUAUCUUUGUUUUUGUUCAUCUCAUUUUAAUUGACCUUAUAAUGCCCUAUAAUAGAUUCUAAGUUUAGGUUUUCCAUUUGUGAGCAAUGCAGUUUUACGUUGCACGCAGGACGCGUGGGAUUUCCACCAUUCUUAUAAGCGUGGUGUUAACCCAUUUAGCUGGUUCUGUCUCACACUCGACACUGUUUCACACAGGAAACACUGUACUAUUUUUCAGCACUGAGACGUUCAGCAUGGGUUUCCUCAAAGUGCUCUUACUUAUUUUGAUGUUUAAUGAACUCAUUGUCGAUUUGGAUGCAAAAACUUGCCCUAAAGGUCAUGGAGUAGUUCGAGGGAAUUGUGUGGCUUGCCGUGAACACUAUUACCAGGAUGUGGAACGCGCUUCAGUACCUUGUAAACCAUGUACAAUCUGUGCAAAGAAUACGGGUAGCACGAUUGAACAGGAAUGUACAAAAAUGACAGACAGAAAAUGCAAGUGCCGUGAAGGAUUUGUUUCCCGGGAGAAGGAUCAUUCUAUUUGUAAAUGUAACAGUGGAUUUGAACAAAAAGAUGGAGUUUGCUCAGAAUGUGCAGAUGGACAUUUCUCAUAUGGCACGGGAGCCUGCCAACGAUGGAAAGACUGCAAAACAGCAGGAGUGAAAGUUGAGGGAACCAAGACCUCAGAUGUCAUCUGUAAUGAUGAGCGCAACAGUAAUGUUCCGAACCCUCCACCCCACACAUACACAACAGUUGAUUCUCUCUCGCGCUUAACGGCCUACCGUCCAUCUGAGGGUGCUCCAACUCAGAAAAUGCAAACCACAACCAGCACAGCUGCUACACCACUAGCCACUUUAAGGGGAAAAGAACAGCCCUCCAAUACAGGCAACCACAUUGGUAUUGCCCUCCUCAUGUUGGGAAUUAUUGGACUGGUUGCACUGACUGCUUUGACCUGCAAGCUGAACAUCACACCUUGCUGGGUGAAGAAAACAGCAGUGCCAAAGCAGGACUCGUUCUGUGGGAGGCCAGUUGAGGAGAGCGGCGACGACAGUUCGUCCUCUCUCAAACUGAAUCCCGGAGAGCCCUAAGAUGAACCUUCCCUUGACAUGAAUCUGUCUAUUCAUACUGUGAAUUUUUUUUUUUAGCUCAAACUGUUCACUCGCAUUUUCCUUAUAUUGUUAGUUUCAUAUCAAAAAGACAUCUGAGAAGUAUUUGCUGUAUCUGUAUUGUAACAGGAGUAUUCUCUAUCUGCAGUGUGGUCAAUAUUUGACUUGUGUUGUCUUGGGUGAGUUAUCUAAAAAUAUGCAUGGAUCUUACGUCACUUUCUCUUUUUUUAACUGUUAAAACAAUUUAACUACUAAAAUUUUGCUUUUAGUUCUUAAAGUGUUUAACAUUGCCGUUCAAAAGUUUAGAGUCACCCAGACAACUUCAUGUUUUCCAUGAAAACUUACAUUUUUAUUCUAACAUAAUUACUCAAGGGUUUUCUAAUCAUCACUUACGAUUAGCUAGCACGAUGUACCAUUAGAACACAGGAGUUAUAGUUGCUGGAAAUGUUCCUUUGUACCUCUAUGUUGAUAUUCCAUUAAAAAUCAGACGUUUCCAGCUAGAAUAGUCAUUUAUCACAUUAACAAUGUCUAGACUGGAUUUCUGACUAAUUUAAUGUUAUCCUCACUGAAAAAAAAAGUUUUUCUUUCAAAAAUAAGGACAUUUCUAAGUGACCCCGAACUUUUGAACAGCAGUGUACAUUCUAAUAAUAAUGAUAUAUAUAUAUAUAUAUUUAACACGAAAGUUACUCUCUGUGUAAUUGCAAUAUUUAUUACAAAUAGGGAUCUGCAGAUUUUUGUACAAUGACCUGAGAAAUCAAGUCACUACCUUGCUAAAAUGCACAUAUAUGUGAAUAUUUGUGCUGAUAUUGUUAAUCUUAGUAAGGAUUAAUAUGGCCUGUGACAACUCUGAGAAAAAUACUUUAUGAGCCAUAAAAUAGCAACGGUCAAUACCCCUAAUCCAAAUUAUUAGGAUCUGAUAGAAAGCCUAAGAAAAAUGUUUAAUACUGUUCAUGCAGUCUUUCAGUCUCUUUUUCAGACAUGUUUUUAUUUUACUCCAUUCUGUUCCACCAGUAGCAGAUCUGUUCACAGAACGCUUGAUGUUUUCAGAGGUGUAUGUGUGGUUGGGGGAGUUCCUGCGAGGAUUUAAAUGAGCCUGUUUUUUUUCCACUGAAAGAUUCCUCCUCUCAUGUUUUCAUGUUGGCCUUUGGAAAGAUUGGUGUUGUAAAUGUGAGGACUUUCAUGUUGUUUGUGUCUCACAGGGGAUGUUUCUCAGAUCAGUACUAUCAGAGGAGUUAUGAAAGCCUGCCCUCAUUACUUUCAGGCUACACGCAACCUUCAAUCACGAGUAACUUCCUUUAUACCUGUUCACUCUUUGUGGCUUUUAGAGUUUGUCUGAAAGAAGCUUCAACUGAAUGAAUGAAUUUCUCAUUUAAAAAACAAUGAUGACGGAAAUAUUGAGCUCCAUUGUUUGAGUAUAAUACCAACACAGUAAUAUUAAAAUACUAUGGUAAAGUUAAAAUCCUGGAUUUAGUCAUCAUUUAUUACCUUUUAAUCAUUUCAAUACCUUAAAAUGUUACCAAUGUAAAAGUACCCAAAAGUAAAAAGUACCUCUACGUGUUCUUUAAAAAUGACUAAUGUAUGAUCACUUGUCAUAUAUGCUAAUUUUAUUCAUACAGAUGCAACACCAUUUUUUUUUUUACUGUUCUAGCUGGUCACAGUUGAGCUUCUCGUACAACUAACUAAUGAAUAUGAGUGUUUCUAGCAGAAGUGUGCACACUGGAAACAGUCCCUGCAGAGACUUUCAGUAAAUGUCAGUGAUGCAGGAAGCUGGUAUGUGGUUUCAAAGAAAUAUACAAUGCAUGAACUUAACCUUCUCAAUGUAGGCGGUUUUUGUGGAAAUAGCAGCGCGCAUAGAAGCUAAAUAACAUGCAUUCAUUGAACAUAUACUUAUUUUUAUAUUUUAAGAUUUUUUUGUCAACUUGAAACCUCUGUAUGUAUGUGUGCUCAUCCUGCUAAUUGCUGUUUUUUUUUUUUUAUUCUUUUGACCAUGUUCUCUUUUAGCAACACUUGUGGUUGCCUGACAGACAACUAUUAUUGCAGUGAAAUGAAAACAUCAUGUUGAUGAAUGUCAUGGUUUUUCUUUGUUUCUAAAGGUGUCAAAUAUAAUAAAAGUUUGAUUGGA